AGCACUUUUCCCUACGGAAGAAAAAGAUUUAUAUUAUGAUCCUUCUUAUACCAUUAAUGAAAAUAAUAAAAGAAUAAGAGUAAAUUCAUCGGGUUUCUUGUACAACACAUACCUAACGAUUAGAGAAAAAGCUGCAAACAUUAAGUUGGUAGAUUGUUCAAUUAAAUCUAAGAGAAAGAAGGGAAAGAAAGUGAAGUCGAAGAAUUAGAACAGUUCCCACUAGACUUGAACAUUUUAUGUGAAGAAACCCCGGAAAACGAAAGUGCGGCUCUUACGACUUGGAAGUAUUCUUUUUAUCAUCGCAAGGAAGCUGUUUAUAAGCACAAGACUGCUGUAGAUAUUUUAAAUUAUUUUAAAAUUCUUAAAGGAAGCUUAUGCAAAACAUUGAUUUCAUCUGAUUUCGAAGAUCUAUUUAAAAAACACAUACCAGAAAAAGAUAAAAAAUACAAACAUAUUUGUGUACACGAUAGACUUCUUUUAAAUUGGCCAACAAUUGCUAAACAAAUGAUUCAAGUCGCAAAACAAAGUUGCUCCAAUAAAACUAGGAAAAAGAAGAACAAUGGUCAUUCUGGACAGAAGAAUUCUUUGGAAAAUGAGCCAGUGAAACACGUAAAUACAAAUUACAUGGAUAUAGACGACAUUUUAAAAAAUAACAAAGAUCCAAAAGAAGCUGAACAUGAGAAUGCUCUGGCAGCCUUACUUUUACCAAGUUUGAUCAAGCACGUCUUCAAAGCUCCAAACUCCAAAAAUCCGAAUUCUCAAAAUUCCACUUGGAAGCCGGAGGAACAUGACGUCGUAAAAUCUUUCAUUGUCCAUAUUGAGGUUCCAGAGAACGAAGAAGAUCUUCAGAAAUUUGUAGACCAAAAGUGCCUUUUUUACGAAACUAAAAAAGUACUCAGUGUGCAACCGUAUAUCAUAAUUUGUGGCAAACUGAGCUCUAUUAGCAAAUCUUACGUUGUAAUAGGAAAAGUUCUUCAUAAGUGCAAAACAAUAGUUGAAGCGUUAUACUUUUGUUUUAAAUCUUUUUAUGCGCUUCAUAUUGAUUAUUAUGUAGCAUGUCCACAUAUAUGGUCGUUUUUCCAUAAAUAUGUGUAUGAAAUCAAAGGACAGAAACAUUUAGUUGCUUCUAAACAAAUAUCCCAUUUAUGUACUGAAAUAGGUAAAAUUGUGGUAUAGAAACGUUGAAUACCAUUGCGUUUGUCGUUUUGCGUCGAUUUUAUGAUUAUUAUAAUUUAUUCAAAGAUUAUAAAAAGCCGUUAGUUACUUUAAAGUUUAACUUUAAAAUAGGGACUUUUACAUACUGAAACUAUGUUUAAAGGAAAUAACUUUAACUGUGCUAAAAUCUUUAUUCUGAAAAUUAU